AUGGCGACGAACCUAGAAAUCGAUUCGGCGGAUGUCAUUCGCCUCAUUCUGCAGUUUCUGCAGGAGAGCAACCUCACUCGCUCUGUUCAGAUUCUUCAAGAAGAGAGUGGCGUCUACUUGAACGCCGUCGAGAGCGUGGAGGAGUUCGCGGGCGAUGUCCAGCAAGGCAAAUGGGAUAAAGUCCUUCAAACGGUGUCGCACUGCAAGCUGCAAGAUGACACGCUUCAGCUGCUGUAUGAACAGGUUCUCUGCGAGAUGUUGGAGCUGCGCGAGGUGGAGUUGGGGCGUUGUCUCUUGCGUGAGACGAGCGUGUUUAACCAGUAUCGCUUGCAGAACCCAGAGAAAUUCAAGCGUCUCGAGCUGCUGUGCAGCAAGCCCUUCUUCGACCCCAAAGACGUCUACGAGCACACCAGCAAAGAAAAGCGACGCGCCGCCAUCGCGCAAGCGAUUGCGCAGGAGCUGCAGAGCGUGCCCUCGUCGCGUCUGCUGACGCUGCUCGGCAUGUCGCUCAAGUACCAGAAACAGAAAGGCAUUUUGCCUUCCGGCGAGAAGUUCAAUCUCUUCCUCAACUCCGCAGGCAGAGGAAAGGAGGGCCGCGAAGAGUUCCCCGUGGCGAUUGCCAAAACCAUUCGGUUUGGCAGCAAGUCGCACCCCGAGUGCGCAGCCUUCUCGCCAGACGGCCACCACUUGGUCUCGGGCUCGAUCGACGGUUUCGUGGAGAUCUGGGAGUGGACAUCUGGGCAGCUCAACAAGGAACUCCCGUACCAGAAAGAGGACGCCUUGAUGAUGCACGAAACAGCCGUCGUCGCCGUCGAGUUCAGCAAAGACAGCGAGGUGUUGGCGACGGGCAGCCAAGACGGUCAGCUGAAGGUGUGGAUCGUCGCCACUGGGCAGUGCGCGCGCAAGUUCGAUCGCGCCCACGACGGAGCCAUCACGUCGAUUUCCUUCAGCAAAGACAACACCCACCUGCUCACGUCUUCAUUUGACACGACAGCCAGAAUCCACGGCCUCAAAUCUGGCAAGACACUGAAGGAAUUCCGUGGUCACCUGACCUUCGUCAACUGCGCGCUGUAUCUCUCGGACAACACGCGCGUCGUGACCGGAAGCGCAGACGGGAAAGUGAAGCUCUGGGACGCAAAGACGCAGGACUGUCUCUACACCUUCUCGCCUCCUCUGCCGCCGCACAUGAGCGACUCAACUCAUUUGCCUGCGAUUAACAACAUCAUCCUCGCUCCCAAGCACGGAUCGGACAAGGAAUUGAUUUACGUUUGCUCAAAGACUCCGGCGAUCAACUUGAUGACGCUCGAAGGCCAGGCGAUCAAGACUUGGUCGAGUGGAAAGAAGUACGGAGGCGACUUCGUUUAUGCGUGCUUGUCGCCGCGGGGCGAGUGGCUGUACUGCGCUGGAGAAGACAACACUCUCUACUGUUUCGCGAACGCGACAGGAAAAUUGGAGCACGUCAUGAAGAUCCACGAGAAAGACACAAUCGGGGUCGCGCACCACCCGUACCACAACGUCAUGGCUUCUUGGGGCUGCGACGGCUGCCUGAAUCUGCUGCGUCCGUGA